AAAGCGCCGAGAAGGCGGGUAGGGGGGUUGGCGCCAGGGCUGCGAGGGAGGGGCGGGGGCGCGGAGUCUAAGACCCCCGCACGCGCGCCGGCGCUGAGGCUGAGACCCGGGAGGGACGCUGGUGCCCGGGACACGUGAUCGAAGUGGCGAGCGGGCGUCCGACGGGCUUCCGCCUUGGCGGGUCGCAGUCCCUCUGAGCUCCCACUUCCCUGCAGGCCCCGCCUGAGGUCUGGCAAUCAGUGACAGAGUCGGGUGCCCACUGCCCAAGCGUCACCAACAGCAUCAUGCCCGCACUUCUGGAGCGCCCCAAGCUUUCCAACGCCAUGGCCAGGGCUCUGCACCGGCACAUCAUGAUGGAGCGGGAGCGCAAACGGCAGGAGGAGGAAGAGGUGGACAAGAUGAUGGAACAGAAGAUGAAAGAAGAGCAAGAGAGAAGAAAGAAAAAGGAAAUGGAAGAGAGAAUGUCACUAGAAGAAACCAAGGAACAAAUUCUGAAACUGCAGGAGAAGCUUUCAGCUCUACAGGAAGAGAAACACCAGCUUUUCUUGCAGCUCAAGAAAGUUUUGCAUGAGGAAGAAAAACGGAGGCGAAAGGAACAGAGUGACUUAACCACUCUGACAUCAGCUGCAUACCAGCAGAGCCUGACGGUUCAUACAGGAACUCACCUCCUCAGCAUGCAGGGGAGUCCUGGAGGACACAACCGCCCAGGUACUCUGAUGGCAGCUGACAGAGCCAAGCAGAUGUUUGGACCACAAGUGCUUACGACCCGGCACUACGUGGGAUCAGCAGCUGCUUUUGCAGGAACCCCAGAACAUGGGCAAUUCCAAGGCAGUCCAGGGGGCGCUUAUGGGACUGCCCAGCCCCCACCUCAUUAUGGGCCAACACAACCAGCCUAUAGUCCUAGCCAGCAGCUCAGAGCUCCUUCAGCAUUUCCUGCGGUGCAGUACCUAUCUCAGCCACAGCCACAACCCUAUGCAGUGCAUGGCCACUUUCAGCCCACUCAGACAGGGUUCCUCCAGCCUGGUAGUGCCCUCUCUUUGCAAAAACAGAUGGAGCAUGCCAACCAGCAGACUAGCUUCUCUGACUCAUCUUCUCUGCGGCCCAUGCAUCCCCAAGCUCUGCAUCCAGCCCCUGGACUCCUGGCUUCCCCUCAGCUCCCUGUACAGAUACAAGCAGCCGGGAAGUCAGGCUUUGCCACCACCAGCCAACCGGGCCCUCGACUCCCUUUCAUCCAACACAGCCAGAACCCACGAUUCUAUCACAAGUAACCACCAGAUAACUCCAACCCACCCUCCAUCCCUCAGGGUGGGUUCUUAUGUGCCCCAAACCAAUAAAAUGUACAAAAUCUACCUACCA